ACACUGCGUUGAUAAUAUUUGCUGCAAAGCAACGAACAUUCCCGGCACAAAAAGCAAAAGACUUAACAGAGAAACUUUGACAGAGAGAGAAACAGGAGAGAGAGACUCUACAAUGGCGAAUGAGAAGCCUCUGAGGAAAAUAUCGGAGGCAUUCAAAGAGCUCGAGGCAGUCGUAAACUCCCAAACAGCGGAAAUCGAGGUCGCGCCGUUCUCCAGCGCGUGCUCUCUGGUGUCGCCUCUGUUCGGAUGCUUGGGCAUCGCCUUCAAGUUCGCCGAGAUAGACUACGUCGCCAAGGUCCAUGAUCUGGCGGAGGCGUCGAAGUCAAUCUCGACCUUAACGGUUUUGCUCGACCGCGAUAUCGAAGGGGAUUGCGUGAGGAAAGCCGGUAGUCAUUCGAGGAAUUUGCUGAGAGUGAAGCGUGGGCUCGACAUGGUUAGGGUACUCUUCGAGCAAAUUAUAGUCACCAAGGGAAAUUCCUUGAAGGAUCCUGCUUCCAAGGCUUAUGCACAGGUGUUUGCUCCCCACCAUGGGUGGGUCAUCCGGAAAGCUGUUGCUGCAGGGAUGUAUGCACUUCCUACUAAAGAACAACUAUUACAUAAACUCAAUGAAGAUGAGAACUCAGCAAGUGUUCAAAUGCAGAAUUACAUUGCUGCUUCGACGCCUCUAAUUCUGUACAUCGACAAACUCUUCCAUUCAAGGAAAUUGGAUGUAGAUUGGUAAAGCAGGAAUUGCAUUGUAAUUUAUGGAGAAUUGUAACUGAGAUAAUUUAAUCAAUUGGCAUUAUAUAAACAUUAGUAAUUGAUGUCAUUGAUUUAUUAGAAAAAUUAUUGAUAAAGUGAUGCAGGUUUGGAUUCUCCCAUGAUCCAAUAUGCUCACAACUUUUUUCCUCGGGUGCUGGAUUAGAGUUGAAUUGUGCUUUGCUCAA